GGCCCCUGUAGGGCAGCAGCAGCAGCGGCAGCGGCAGCAGCAGCCCGCGGAGGCCCGGGGCUCGGCCCUUCGCCCCCCGCCCAAAAUGUGGCAGAGCAUCGGGCUGACCCUGCUGGUCAUCGUGGCCACGCUGCUGUGCGUCCUCCUCUUCAUGCUGUGCGGUUGGUAUGUCGUUUGGCAUCUGUUUUUGUCCAAAUUCAAGUUCCUCAGAGAGCUCAUAGGAGACACGGGAUCCCAGCAGGGAGAUAAUGAGCCUUCAGAAUCUGAAGCAGAACAGGACAUCCCAGCUACUCCCCAGAGGGCUAGGCCCAAAUCCGUCCGGCAGCGGAGAACCCCUGCAGAAGAAGCAACCUAACAGAGCACCCUGGGGCCAGAGGGCAACCUUCUUGAGGCUGUAGGGAGCCUCUCUCUGCACUGUAUGACUCAAUGGUUUUCAUCCUAAAAUGCUGACUUAGAAAACAAAAUUGCUGUGAAUCUGUACUCUUGGGAUGCCAAUGCGGAACACCCCUAGGGGUUCGGAAGGGGCUUGAGUCAAAGCCAUAUAGAAACAAAGGGAAUAAAAAACAAGUGAGACCACUGCAAGGUUCAAGAUGCUUGUGUGCUUCUCUAGCGUGCUUAGUCAGCGUCGGCCAGUCCCUGGCCUUUUGAUCUACUUCCUUGCACUGGUCUGAACAUGGUAAUCAUUACAGACUUGAAAUGGUUUGUGUUGUUGUUGUUGUUGUUUUUUUGCUUUACAAUCCAGCAGUUAUUUAUAAGGGAGUUGUUUGACCUUUGUUGAUAAAAUCGUUUUCCUUUAAUCAGGCACCUGUUUUUAUCUGCCAACUAGUGAAGAACCCAUACAAACUUGGGAAAUAUUUCUCAGAUACCUGCUUUAGAUUGGGGUUGUUUCUCCUUCCUUUCUGUGGGAAGUCUGUGUGCUAAAGGCACUUGCUGUGUGGAGGCGGUAAUACUUCACACAAAAAUUAGAGUGAAAAGACCUCUAAGGUUCUUGGUUGUGAGAAAGUCACGGAGUGAGAGAUGGUGGAAAGUACCAGUUUAACUGGAAGGUGACUCGUGGUAGAUGUUCAUCUUGUUUGAUCUUCAGACUCAGUAUUUACUAGUGGUAAAGAGGCAUAUCGGUCAAGAAACCUCACUGUUGAGUUUCCUUUGUCAUCUGCUUUGUUCAGGUACUAAUUGCACACCUAGCUCUCACAUUAUAAAGACUAAAUAUUUUCAUAUCCUGUUUGGUACCAGAGGUUUUAUUUGUUUCUCUAGAACUAGCUAACUUAAAGUUUUCACAAACUUGGUGCACACCACUGCUACCUGCUUUAAGGUGUGAUGUGAUGUUUGGUACCUCAUGUUACUAAAUCAUCUCCCCACUGCCCAGUGUGACUAAAAACAAAUCAAAAUCCUGCUUGAGACCUGAAUUGAGGUAGUAAAAGUGAAUCCAGAGAACAUCACCUUUUACGUUUAAACCAAGUUGUGAGGAGAAAGGAGUCAGUGGGUAUCUAAUUUUAGCUGCUGGAUUCCAUUUUGCUUAAGUUUUUAUUUCAAGUGAUUAACAAAAGGUGUUUCUAGGACAGAUUAAAGUGAGUUCCUGGAACUCUUAUAGCUCCGCCACCCCCCCAAUAGCUGAACUCUAAUUGUGGCAUCUAUAGAAUUGACUUUUAUGAGGAACCAGUGGAAACAGUACCUGGAUUGAUCAGCUGGGAUACUUUUCUGUGUAAUGUUUGACUAGGUUACUGAUCCUGGGGAAAGAAUUAGUUGUGGCACAUUUGUACGGUCUUAAUCACCAGGUGUUCGCUGGAGGUGGGGCUUCAGAGCAUAAGACUUGAGGUGUAAUGCUGCCAGGAGUCUCCCUGAAUAACCUGGUAGGCAGCUUGCAGUCUUUACAGCUACAUCAUUGCCCAUGGAAAUUAAAUGGGUAUCGACCCUCCUCUGAAAAUUCUCCCCGACAUGAAUGCUUCCUUGGAAAAGAAAUAGGUCCAGCCUUAUUUAUUGGCCCGAUUGUCAUAAGCAUGUCUCAUGUUGGCCGGGUUCUAGUUUUUAGGAAAAGUACAGAGUCACUUUAACUCACCAUUCGGUAUUGUAAAAUACCUGCAAAGUCAUAAGGACUGACCAGCUCACUCUGCCCCUAGCCAUUAACCAUCUCCCUUAUGGGAGAAAAAUGCUAAGGUCUUUAAGUGUCUCUAGAUAUAAACUGACAAGCAUCAGUUGCUUUCCUCAUUUAGUGGUGAUAGGUGUUGGAUUUCUGUGGCCCGAAUUCUUGUUUAGUGCACCUUGCUUCCCAGACUACCCCUAUCAGGAGUCAAUUUCCCCUCUUCUUAUUGUAAAUAACCUUUUUUCUCUUGACUCUGCCUUCUAUGGCCAUAUUCCUUUAUUAGGGGGAAAAAGGAAGAGCAGUCUACUAAAUCGUAGAUGUUCACAGGAUUUUUCUACUGUAGAGACACUUCAUAUAUUGCGAAAUGCAGCAGAAAUGCAUCCAGUUGGAAUGCCCCAUUGGUGACCUUGAGAGAUAAUGGAUGCAAGCUCUAAAGCUUUGAAAAUCUGUACAUUAGAGGAUAUGUUCAUAAUCUGAGGGCUUGAAUAUCAGAGUGAGACAGUGACUUUGAACUGUACUUAAGGAUGUACAAGCAAGCUGCUGCUUUCUAAGAACUGAAAAUGAAUUUGAAUAAACCUUUGAAGCACUCUGGAAAACAGCCAAAGGGUACUCAUCUUUGGGAAGUUUGUGGGUGUUCAUAUUUUCCCGCUCAACCCUUCUAAACACUGCCCCUUCUCAAACACUGCUCUCCUUUUCAAGCUGCGUCAAAGGUUCUGAACUUCUUUGUAGAAGAAGCGAAGGGACAUUUUUUGAAGGUUUAGCCGAUUGCAUUCUGGUGAUAAUGCUGCUCUAGCCUAGACACCAAUAACACUAAAUCAUUUUGCAACUGAUAAAUUAGGCUCCUAAUCCUUAUUGUAGUCAAAGCAUGGGUUUCCUAUUGGUAAUUUUUAAAUUCAUUUGGAUGAGGAUGUGAAUGGGUACCAGGAGACGGAGCUAUUCAGUUGAGAACAAUUGCAGAUGUUUCAAGGAGCAAUUUUGAAAAAUGGGCUGUUAGGCUCAGAUAAAAUCUCAAGGCUUUAUCUAGGAAAGUUUGGGAGACUUCAGACUGGCUUCAGGUUUCCAAGAAGAUUGCGGGGUCACACUGUUUAGGCAUUUUUUUUUCCUUCACCAAACACGCCUCAGAGAUCUGAAGUGUAAUUCACUGUUUCUGUUUUUAACUAAAGAAAUUCCUAAACAGAAAUCAUUUAAAUCAAUGAUACAAUCUUUUUUAGAAUUGCAUUUAUCUUAAAAGGUAUGCCUUAGUGGUGCAACUUGUCUGGAGAAUAUAAGUGUAUGUUUUUGUUAACUUCAAGUACUUAUCGUUUACUUGAAGUUGACUUGAAAAAUGAAUAAACAAAAAUCCCACUGGGUCCUGUAUAAUGCAGGAAUGGGAGAUCAUGCUAAAGAGACUAGCAUAAGCACAGACCUUUGUCUGUGUUGAAAUAAUAGUAAAUUAUGGUUUAAAACCUAGGAAAAAUGAAGUUGCAUCCUUUUAAAAACUCUAUUUUAAUAGAGAUUACAUUAUUUGUUUCUGUUAUGAGGGACUUGCUGAUUUCCUUCCGUAUUCUGAUGGUGGAUAUAUAACAUUUACCCAUCAAGGUAAUUCUAUGCAGUUCAUUCUACUAUUGCUGCUGUAGCUACUUACCAGUAAAACCGUGGGCUGUGCUGCAAAACAUCCGUCAACAUGCUGCUUAACAUUAGGUUUACACUGAAUUAGAUUUGUAUGUGUCCAACAGUUCUCAUGUUGAAAAAGAUGUGAAGUUGUUUGGAGAUGAUGAGGAAUGCGUGCGAGUGAUCAUUUGCCUCUUCAGUGUUAAAAACAAAACAAAAACCAGGCUGUUAGAUACUGUACCUAAUGCUUCUGUGGUUUGUCUGUAUCAUCACGUUUUAACUGUUUCAUUUUAAAUUGACUGCACAGAUACUAAAAAAUAAAAAAAACCAAAAGGAA